ACUAUUGUGGCUCAGUGUUUGCUCGAAGCCGGGAGGAGAUGGAGCUAUGGUGGAGCCUCACUCUUCUCUUGUCUCUAAUAUCCGUGGGCCGCUGUCAAAAGCCCCACAAACGAUUUGAAUAUAAGUUCAGCUUUAAGGGGCCUUACCUGGCGCAGAAGGACAACCAGGUACCGUUCUGGCACUACUCUGGCAAUGCCAUUGCCAGCGAGGAAAGCGUUCGAAUCACACCAUCUCUACGCAGUCAGAAGGGACAGAUAUGGACGAAAAACCCCACAAACUUUGAGUGGUGGGAGGUGGAGUUUGUCUUCCGAGUGACUGGCAGAGGCAGAAUUGGUGCUGAUGGUUUGGCAUUGUGGUUCACGGACAAGCCAGGUGGCGAGGGUCCUGUGUUUGGCAGUACAGACAAGUGGAAUGGCCUUGGAGUUUUCUUUGAUUCCUUUGACAAUGACAACAAGAGAAACAACCCCUACGUGAUGGCCAUGGUCAACGAUGGUACAAAAGUUUAUGACCAUGAGCAUGACGGCCUCAGCCAGCAACUAGGAGGGUGUCUGCGGGAUUUCAGAAACAAACCUUUCCCAGUCAGAGCGAAAGUAGAAUACUACCACAAUGUCCUGACGCUCAAGACUCAGAACAUUGAGUAUGAUUACACUAAAAUGGAAGAAGAAUUUGAGGAAGGCCCACAAGGCACAAAGGCCCCAAGUGAUGAUGGUGAGGUCACUGCACAGCCUGCCACUCAGGAAGAACACACUGCAGUGCCUGAUCACCAUGAAGGCCAAGAUCUUCUUGAGAGUGAUGCACCAAAUGAGAACAUCUUUGCCAGUGAAGCCAUAGAUGCUGGAUAUACAUUAGUAGAGGCCAUUAAUGACAUAGCUGAGGAGGAGCUGUCUGAAGGCUGGGGAUGGUUUGGGGCUGCCAGUAGUGAUGAGCCCAUUGUAACCACUACUACUCCUCCUACUUCACAUUCAAACACCACUACCAAAGCUCAGAAGAGGCGAAGAAAGAGGGAAAGGAAAAGGAGAGGAAAGAAGAAGAAAAAAGUGCGGAAGACUUCUCCAGUGCUCAUGAUUCACAGUGGUAUGACCAAUAAUGAGAAGGACUACGAGAUCUGUAUGCGUGCCGAGAAUGUCCAUCUCCCGCCCAGCGGCCACUUUGGAGUGUCCGCAGCCACCGGAGGCCUGGCCGACGACCACGAUGUUCUCAAGUUCUUGGUAUCCUCACUACGCUCCCCUGAGGAGAUGGCACUCAUGCAAGUCAACCAGGAGGAGGAAGAGAAGUUCCGGCAGGAGUUCCAGGAAUACCAAGAGAAGACCAAAAAGGCCCGUGACGAGUACAUUGCUCAGAAUCCUGACCAUGAGAAGAAGGAUGAAGAAUAUGAGUCCUGGGAACAGAGGGAAUUGCGGCAGAUAUAUUUGGGACAGAGUCAGAUCCAUGAAGUGAUAAGACAGCUCCACAUGAAGAUGGAUGAGAUAAUUGGUCGACAGGAACGAACCCUUGGUCUGGUGUCUGCUGUGCACACAGGGAUGGGUGGUGGACAAGUAGCACCUGCAGGAGGACAGGUGCCACCCCCUCCACCAGCAAUACCUGGAGACACCAUCCGCCGCCAUGAAGUGGACUCCAUCCUCAGCAAUCAGAGAGACAUUGUACAGACUGCCAGAGACAUCAAGAGCUUUGUCUCUGAGAUCCACCAGAAGAGCAAUCAGCUGCUGGGCAACAAUCAGAAGCCCCAGGGAAGUGUGCAGCCUGUGGGAUACGACCUGCAUGUUACUCUCAAUGAAAUGAAGGAAGGCCUCAACAUUGUGAAGAGAGACUUGGGAACGGCCAACCAGAGACUAACACAAGGGGGCGGCGGCGCAUGUCCAUCCAUCAGCUGUGUGUCGACUACUGUCUUCAUCGUCUUUAUGGUCCUGCAGGUGGUGCUUCUCAUUGGCUACAUCAUGUAUAGAGAUAGUAAAGAAGCUCAAGCCAAGAAGUUCUACUGAGGUAUGCCCGUGUUCCAAGCCCUGUGAGUCCAUCUCAGGAGCACAAAGAUUUCUUCCAGAAUAUUUUUAGAUGCCAGAUCAUUUUGUAGAGUCCAUUUAAAAGUUUCAAGGUAAAAUGAUUUUUAGGCAUUUAUUUUUUUAUUACCUGAGGAGUUGGUGCAUUUUUGUUUGUGUGCAUAACGAAUGUACAAGAUCUGAAUCCGUGAAGUUGUUGCCGUGCGGCCGACUCCUCCGUUAUUGUAGCGCAUAAAUAAUGUUUGAUAUUUUUGAAAGAUAAUUUGUAAAUAAAUGUUCACAAGAGGAAUUUCAGGAGAAUCAAUUUCACUCAAUAUUUUUUUUAAGUUGAGAAGCUUUUUUAAUGACUUUGACUUGUUCUGAAUUAGUUUUCCACUUGGAAAGAUUGGAUUUUGUUGUAUGGUGAAUGCUGUGUGGAUUUAAGUUUAGUAUUUUUGGGGGGGAAAUAGUGGCUGUGUUCAGUUAUCGUGAGUACUUUUCAUUAUUGUUCCAUCAGGUUUUGAGAUCUGAUGAAUUUGUACAUUCAUGUCCCUGAACAACUUCAUGAGAUGUGUGCCUAUGACAAUUUUCCCUCAAUUACUGUACCAUUAGUAAUAAUGAAACUUGUCUAGCCAGUAUUAAUAAUGAUUCACAAAACAUCCAUGAGGAAAGGAGGAAUAUUGUCAACUUGUGUGUUAUUCUUUCUUUAUUAUUCUAUGUUUUCUUUUUUUAUUAAUUUCCUGUUUUCAUGGAUGCCACAUCACACUGAAGUUUCUCAUGUGCCCUGAAUUUGUUUCACCAUGUGAGACAAGGAAAUAGUUCUUAGAAAAUGUAGCUUCGAGGGAUUAUGACAUAACUUUUCUCAUUUGGUGAAGUGAAGCCAAUGAUUAGCAUCACCUAGAGCAUCUUCAUCUCAUUCACUGUUUCCUCUUGAUCUGUCAUAAGUAAGUUGAUAAGCCUGGGGUAUAAUGAAAGCUGCUAAGGGUUCUAUUCCUUAUGAUAAAUGAUUUGUACCUUUUUGUAGAUAAUUUCCCUCAUUGUCAAAGACUUAACACUGUCCAAAAAAAGACUGAAUAUUGUUAACAUUAAGCUCAAUAGCCUUUUUUAUGGUGUUUGUUUCAGUGAUUUCUGCUAGUUAAGAAAUAGAGUGGUUGAGGUUUAAUUUGGGUGCGCCAUGCAAGUAUCACAUGUUGCUAUUGGGGGAUAUUGAUGCAAUGUUAAAUGAUUUGUCCAGUGGUGAAAUGCAGUCAUGCACAUGAAAGUUAUGGGAGUCACAGUCUCCUUAUGCUUCCAUUGGUGUCAUUACUGGUGAUGGCCGUGGCAAACUUUUGUUUUAGAUGUUUCUGGAAUUUUAUUGUUACUUGCAUUUGUUUUUUGUUUUCAAACAUGUGUUCACAUUAACAGUGGAUUGAUGUAUUUUAAGAUUCAUUAAAUUAUUGAGAUAUUUUCUACUGA